AUGGCUCUGCAUAGUGGGAAGAGAAGAUCUGACAGCAAAAGCUGCUGCUGGCUGAGCACCCUGCACCAGUUCCGGUGGCGAAGCAUCCUAGUUACUGCAUCCUUGGUAGCCCUCGGAGUCUUCCUGCAAAAGGUCAACAAGACUGCAGAGCACAGUGUACUGAGGACCUGGGCAUCCCCUCCAUGUGACAUGUAUCUAUCUUAUCCUCAAAAGGAAAAGGAGAAAAUAAUUGGGCAGAUAAUUCAGGAACAAAUGAACUCUGAAAUCAAGAACCAUCUGGAUGCCUUCAAGGAGAUGCAGAAAACCUUCCCCCUUUUCAAACAUGCUAACUACACCCUCCUGGCUGGAGCCCCUCCCUGGAGGAAGAAGCUGCUGACUGUGGGGAUUGCCUCAGUGCAGCGUUCCCAUGGCAACUACCUCCUGGACACCCUAAAGUCCCUGUUCCAAGCUUCUUCAAAAUAUGAACUGGAGCAUCCUCUCGUGCUGGUCCUCCUGUCAGACUCUGACCCCCAGUGGCUCAGCCAAACAGUUGCCAAGAUUUCAAACCUCUUCACAUGGUUCAUUGAGGCCCAGGAACUGCUCGUGGUCCAUGGUCUUCUCCGUGGUUCCCUUGUGAGGACAGUGGAUGAUGGCUCACCGUGUGGCGAGCUUUACUCCAAGCAGAGAGCAGAUUUUGCCCUCCUCAUGAACUUCGCAAACAACCUGUCUGAUUACUUCCUGUUGCUGGAAGAUAAUGUUUAUUGUACCUCCGGCUUUGUGUCUACCAUCUACAGGACGUUAGCAGCCUGGGAAGACCUGUCUUGGGUGAUCCUGGAGUUCUCCAUGCUGAGUGUCUCUGGGAGAGUCUUCCACACCAGUGACUUGUCCCGCCUCAUCUCUUUCUUCUUCCUCUUCCCCAUGGACACGCCCACCCACCUGCUCCUUUCUGAAUUCCGGCUACUCUUGAAUCAAAAUGUCCCAAUUCACUUCAGUUCAUCCAUUUUCUACCGACUGACUGGUUAUCUAGAGUCUGAAAGAGCGUGCUUUCCUGUGGAGCAGGCAGUGGUCUUCAGGAAUCCAGACAAUCCUGUUGGAGUUGUGGUCUCCAAUAUGAUCCCAGCAGUUUCUUAUAUGCCUUAUUAUGCUUAUAUUCUGAACCAGGACCACUUCAUUGGUGUGGAAGUUUGGGAAGGAAACUUCUUGACAGUGAUUCUGGAUAAACCCCACAAGAUCCUGCGGGUAGCAGUGCUGACAGGCUCUGAGGAAAAUGGGAUGUACCACUUACAGAAGGCGCAUGUUCUACUGGGCUCUGGCCUCACAGAGGAGCCCAUGCACUGCACCCAGUAUACCCUGCUUGGGCCACUGGUGAAAGGAAAUCUGGACCAGAGGGUAUUUUAUGAAGAAGAUUCUGUGGAGGAACUGAGCUGUAUACAGCUUCUGGUAUUAGCACCUCAGGAAUCUUUGCUCCUGAUCAGGCAGAUCAAAGUAUGGACAGAAAAAGAGAAUUAG